GACGGCGGCGGUCGGUACGUACCGACGCCGGGAGCAAACUGGUGGGGGCGGAGAACGGCCCCACUUUUGACCCCGCAGCUCCCGGCUCCCGGUACAGCAGCAAAAACACAAGAGCGGAUCAUUCCAUCCGGGGGGUGGAAACAGUGAACAGUGCAGUGUGUGUGUGUCGUCAUGGCGAGGCUUCACUGACCUCAUCCGGGUGCAUAUGCGGUAUCGCCAUGCACGACUCACCUCAUGGAUACGUAACCGCGCUCGUCUCCCUAUGCGAGGGUCUAGACCGAGCCAGCGGUGGUCUUAUUCUUUUUCAUUUCUUUUUCAUUUUUUCAUUAAUCAUCAUCGAUCGUUUCCUGCACGAUUUGACGCAUGAAAUCCCGAUGACCGGCCAGAAAGAUUUCCACACCAUUGGAUUUAGACAGGAAUUUAAACAUAUUGAGCGUAUGCGUCCGUGACAUGAGAUUACACCGUCACAGAUACCGACAUUGAAACCGCACAAACUCGGACACCCUUUUUUGCCUCUCACCCCGGGUUCCAUUGGACCCCCCAAGCUACGCACUCGGCGUCAUCGGACGGUUAUGAGAUCAUCGGCCCCUAACGCCAUGCGCCUCGCCGCGCGAUGCGGGUAUAAGUGGUGCUCUCCGCACACAUCAUGGCGCCUUUGGACGUUCAAUACACUCACCACUGAGAAUUUCCGCACAUUUGACAACACGCACGCAACCAGAAGAACGUUCUUGUCUACUUCCACACCCACCAACCACAGAUACACACGCACAAUGUCGACAGACCAGAAGACGGCCGGCCCCGAGGGCAAUGCCCUCUUCACGCGCAGCCACCUGUUCGACCUGACCGGCAAGGUCGCCCUCGUCACGGGCGGCGGCACGGGCAUCGGCCUGAUGGCCACACAGGCCCUUGCUGCUAACGGCGCUCGCGUCUACAUCACAUCGCGCAACAAGGAGAAGAUCGAGAACGCGGCGUCGACGUACGGCGGCGAUGCCGUCGCGGGAGAGAUCAUCCCGCUGGUCGCCGACGUCACGAGCAAGGCCGACAUCGACCGGCUGACGAAGGAGAUCGAGUCGCGCGAGGAGUGCCUCGACGUGCUCGUCAACAACGCGGGCGUGUCGAGCUCCUCCAUUGAGGUCGAGAGCGAGGGUGCCGCGGAUAUGAAGGCCAGCCUCUUCGACGGCGGGGCGGCGGACUUUGACGACUGGACCGACACGUACCGGACCAACGUCGCGGCCGUGUUCUACGUGGCGGCGAGCUUCCUGCCGCUGCUGCAGGCGUCGACGGAGAAGCGGCGCGGGUGGAGCGGGACAGUGAUCAACAUCAGCAGUAUCAGCGGCAUGAUCAAGAAGUCGCAGCACCACUUCUCGUACAACGCGUCCAAGGCGGCGACGAUCCACGUGAACCGGAUGCUGGCGGAGGAGGUGGCGUCCAACGGAAUCAAGGUGCGGAUCAACAGCAUCGCGCCGGGCGUGUUCCCCAGCGAGAUGACGACGAAGGAGUCUGCCGACGAGCAGCAGAAGAGCGCGAUCCCCAAGGAAAAGUACGCCGACAAGGUGCCCGCGGGCCGGCCGGGCAAGGACGAGGACAUGGCGGCGACGGUGCUGUACUUUGCGUGCAACCAGUACCUGAACGGGCAGACCCUGGCCGUCGACGGGGGGUACACGCUCGCUGCUGGGUUGUAGGAGGGGGGACGCCGAGGAUUUAAUUCUAAUGAAAGCGGAGUUUUGUUAGUGGAAUACUGUAUGAGUGAGAAAGAAGAGUUGAAACGUAUCAUGACAAUAUCCAGGUGACGAUGUGAUAUGACAGAAUAUAAC